GGAAAUAUAUAUCUAAAUUAAUGAGCAAGUGUGAUCUCUGAAUGAAUAGGAAACUUCUGAGCAGGUUUUGUCCAAAAGUAUUAGGAACUCCUAACACUUUGUUCUGCUUCCUUCUCAUUUCAUUAAUAGCAUCAAUCCCUCUCUUGCUUGCUAGCAGCGUCACAAUAAUAGCAAUUUCGAUCUUUUCAUGCAAGAUAUUCUUGGAAGGAGCCUUUAUGAUAUCUUAUCACGCGAAUUCAGAACUCUUCCCAGCUUUAUUUUCCCGGUUUGCUUUAUUAGUUUGUGGAUUUAUGGGCCAUUGUCUAUCUGUUUUCGCUCCAAUGGUGGCAGAAAUAAAGCCCGAUACUGUACCUAUCUCUGUAUUUCUUAUCACUAGUACUUUGGGAAUCCUUGCUUCUCUAAUACUCACAAAUUCAAGACCAACUCUAGAAACAGUGUACAAAAGUGAGAUCUAA